AUGUCUCCCGUGCAAAGCGCUUCGCACGAAAAGAAGGCGAAUUUCCGUCGAUCGAAAUUUGGGUGGAACGUCUCUGGCGGUUGCACAAAAUAUGUGCCGGUAGCAAUCUAUUACAGUCCGUGGUCCUCAGUCGGCAUAAUCGAUGGAUUUGUCCUCAUCGAUAAAUCGGAUGAAUUGGCCGCUCAUAUAUUUUUUAUAUUGAUUGAUCAAAUUCUGUUCAUUCUUUCUUUCUUUCUUUCAGUCAAUCUGUCAUAUAUUCUUUUUUAUUUUGAUCAAUAUCUUCUCUUUUGUUUCUUUCUUUCUUACCGUGUUCUUUCUUUCUUUCUUUCUUUCUUUCUUUCUUUCUUUCUGUCUGUCCUAUUCUUUUCUAUCUUGGUCGAUCGAUGUCUGUUCUUUCUUUCUUUUAGUCAGUCAUAUCUUCUUUUUUAUCUUGAUCAAUCCAUAACGUCUUCCUUUCCGUUAGUCAUGUAUUCUUUCGUAUCUUGGUCCAACGACGUCUGUUCAUUCUUUCUUUCUUUCCACUUAAUUAUUAUUUUAUCAAAAUUUUACUUUAAUUGUUUCGAAGGAAAGACAAAUCUUAAAAAAAAACAAAACAAAACUUACUUACUUUCUUUCUUUCUUUCUUUCUUUCUUUCUUUCUUUCUUUCUAUUGGAAUCAAUGUUCACAUCUAUCUAUCUAUCUAUCUAUCUAUCUAUCUAUCUAUCUAUCUAUCUAUCUAUCUAUCUCAGACGCAAUGUCACAAUCCUAUCGAUACUUUUCAAAUAAAACCUGUUUCUUACUUUUUAAUCUUUUCUGUUAAUGUUUUCUUCUUUACUUCAAAUACUUCUGUUCUUUUUUUCUUGGUUCUUCCUCCCUUCCUUCCUUCCCUCUCUCCCUUCCUUCCUUCCUCAUUUCCUUCCUUCCUUCCUUCCUUCCUCCUUCCUUCCUUCCUCCCUUCCUUCCUUCCUUCCUUCCUUCCUUCCUUCCUUCCUCAUUUCCUUCCUUCCUUCCUUCCUUCCUUCCUUGCUUCCUUCCUUCCUUCCUUGCUUCCUUCCUUCCCUCCCUCCCUUCCUUCCUUCCUCAUUUCCUUCCUCAUUUCCUUCCUUCCUUCCUCAUUUCCUUCCUUCCUUCCUUCCUUCCUUCCUUCCUCAUUUCCUUCCUUCCUUCCUUCCUUCCUUCCAUCCUUCCUUCAUUGCUUCCUUUCCUUCCUUCCUUCCCUCCCUCCCUUCCUUUCCUUUCCUUCCCUCCCUCCCUUCCUUCCUUCCUUCCUUCCUUCCUUCCUUCAUUUUCUUCCUCAUUUCCUUCCUUCCUUCCCUUCCUUCUUCCUUCCUUCCUUCCUUCCUUCCUUCCUUCCUUCCUUCCUUCCUUCCUUCUUUCCUUCCUCCCUUCCCUUCCUUCCUUCCCUUCCUUCCUUCCUUCCUUCCUUCCUUCCUUCCUUCCUUCCUUCCUUCCUUCCUUCUACCAUCAAAUUUAGAACCACUGAAUUCCGCUUCAUGCCACAUAUGUUUUAUUUCUUUUCUUUACAUUUAAAUUCUUCUGCCGACUUUCUUAUUCCUUUUCCCUUUUUUGCUUCAUUUCCCGCUUUUCUUCCUUCUCCACUCAUAUUCGGCAAAUCUUUCGCUUCUCGCUUUUUGUCUUCUUUUAUUUCGCUUUUCCUUCCGUUGCCCUCUGCGAGAGGAAAUUGA